AUGGACGGAAUCGAUCCAGAAACGCUUCUCGAAUGGCUUCAAACGGGUAUUGGAGAUGAACGGGAUCUGCAGGUACGCUACAGUUUUUUUUUGCAUGUGUACUAAAGAAAUUAUCUGCAGUUAAUGGCACUGGAGCAGUUGUGCAUGCUCCUGCUCAUGGCCGACAAUAUCGACAGAUGCUUCGAGUCGUGUCCUCCACGCACUUUCAUCCCGGCCCUCUGCAAAAUAUUCAUCGACGAAACGGCGCCGGACAACGUGCUGGAAGUGACCGCCCGUGCGAUCACUUACUAUUUGGACGUUUCGAACGAAUGCACGCGUCGGAUAACGCAGGUCGACGGAGCAGUCAAGGCCAUUUGCGCCCGACUGGCCGCCGCCGAAAUGUCCGACCGAUCCAGCAAGGAUUUGGGUGAGGAAAUGGGUCAAAAUAUUAAAACUGUCCACGGCAUCCCCAUAGUUUUCGGCAAGAUCUCAAUUUUCCUAAUUCCCCCCUCCACUUUUCAGCCGAACAAUGCGUCAAACUGCUCGAGCACGUGUGCCAACGCGAAACGAUGGCUGUGUACGAUGCGGGCGGCAUAAAUGCAAUGCUGAAUCUUGUGAGAGUGCACGGCGGACAAGUGCACAAGGACACGGUCUACUCGGCGAUGUCGGUGGUGACGAGACUGUGCGGCAAGAUGGAGCCCACUGAUUCGGAGCUGGCCAAGUGCGCCGAGAGUCUCGGGGCGCUGCUCGAGCACGAGGAUCCGAAGGUUUGUUGCGAUUUUUCUGCGUUUUCCCGUCAAUUUUUGAACGAUUUUUAAAGAAAUUAUGGAUUUUAGGUGUCGGAAAGUGCUCUGCGAUGCUUCGCGGCGCUCACCGACCGUUUCGUGCGCAAAUCAAUGGACCCGGCCGAGCUGGCGACGCACAGCAACCUCGUCGAGCACCUCAUCUCGAUUCUGACGGCGUCGAACGACGAGAACUCGCCGACGGCCGCCUCGGCGAACAUCCUCUCGAUCGUGCUCUCGCUCCUUGGAAACCUCUGUCGCGGCUCGAGUCUGAUAACGGAGAAGGUGCUCACGUCGCCCAAUAUGAUCAAGGGACUGCGUGCCACGUUGACGAGCAAGGAGGAGCGCGUGGUGACCGAUGGGCUACGACUGUGUGACUUGCUUCUCGUGCUGCUCUGCGAGGGACGUAACGCCCUUCCUCUCACUUGCGUCGUUUCGGGGGACUACGCGAGUGGGACCGGGGCCGAACGCGUUCACAGACAGCUCAUCGAUGCCAUCAGACAGAAAGACUUGACCGCGUUGGUCGAGGCCAUCGAAAGUGGACAGGUAAUAGCCGAAUUUCCCUGUUGAAGCGCUGGAUUAUCAAUUAUCCGAUGGUUUUGCUUCAAAAUAGUGAUUCAACGAUUUUCGGCUUUCGAGUUUAUCUCCAGAUCGCAUCUUCCAAGUGAACUGAAAUUUUGACUGAAUAUAAACUCGAUGCCAUCAUUGACGAUCGUGCAAAGUCAGGGUCCGAUCGACCAGAUAAUCUGAUAAUAGAAAUCUGGGAAAAAUCUUUAGAACCAACAAAUUUAAUGCAAACCAUCAGAUAAUUGAUAAUUUUUAGAAAUUUUUAGUUUCCCUCACUUUUGUCCCGCCAACUAACUCCCUAAUAAGAAAAAUGUUGUGCAGGUCGACGUGAACUUCGCCGACGACGUAGGACAAUCGCUGACGAACUGGGCGUCGGCGUUCGGAUCCAUCGAAAUGGUACAUUAUUUGUGUGAUAAGGGAGCCGACGUCAACAAAGGGCACAAGAGCAGCUCAUUGCACUACGCCGCUUGUUUCGGACGGCCCGACGUGAGUGUGUCUGUUCUGAAACGACGCGCCGCCCGUCCAUCCGACAAGGUUUUCAGUUCAAAUUCACUAGUUUUAGAUGGUUUUUGAUGUCAAAAUUUUGUUAUUUUGCGCAUUUCGAGCUCAAAAACCCAAAAAAGAGGGCGGUUGGCGGUUAGUUCAGCAGACAAAACAUUCGUGACGGUCUGUCUCUCUGUGUCUUGAGCCAUCAUUCUCUCAGGUGGUGAAAUUGCUGCUUCAGCGCGGCGCCAACCCGGAUCUACGCGACGAGGACGGCAAGACGGCACUCGACAAGGCAAGGGAGCGGGCUGACGAGGACCACAAUCAGGUGGCGAACAUUCUCGAGUCGCCGAGUGCGUACAUGCGAAACAGUGAGUCGAAUCUCUCGGAAAUCACACCGAAACCCCCGUUUCUUGCAGAAGAAGAGCAAAAGACGAAGGCGUCGACGUCUUCCCAACAACCGGGACCGUCGGCGAAACCGGAAUUGCCGAAUUCAAAGCUCGUUCGCAAAGUGCUCCACCAGUUGCUUCCGAUCUUUUGCGAAAUCUUCCAAAAGUCGCUCAACGCCACGGUUAGACGCACUUCGCUGACGCUGAUGCGCAAAAUAGUGGACCACAUUGGAGAUUUGCGUCAGAGUGCGGUUGAGGAGUGCGGAGUGUCGGACAGCACGCGGAAGAUGUCGACGGACAUUUCGCUCGGAGCCGAAUCUCUUAUAUCGGUCGUCGUUGCGGUGUUGGAUCAAGAAGACGAUCACGAAGGACACGAGCAGGUGUUGCUGAUACUCGAGUCGUUGUUAGAGAAGGACUCGGAGUUGUGGGUGACCGAGCUGGUCCGGCUGGGAGUGUUCGAACGGGUGCAACAGAUAGCGAAGGAGCCGCCGAAGGGACUCGAGGAGGUAUUGAACGUCAUCCGCAAAGAGGGACGCAUCCGUCCGAGCCAUCCGAUGGAGGUGGACGAUGCGCCCGUGAGGGGACCCGUUUCCAAGCCCGAGAUUAUGGACACUGGAUCUCCGGAACCUGUUGGACCGGAACGAGAAAACGAAGUGGAAGAAGAGGCUGCGGAAGAGGGAGACAAUCAAGCAGUCGAGAUGGCCGAGCCAGAACCGGCUCCAGCGGCCCCGUCGAGUUCUUCUUUUGGGGGAGCCAUGUCGAUCCCACUUCUGACGAGACCGAGACCAUCUACCGGCUCCUCCGCCUCCUCGGCCAUCCUCCAUGUCGUCUCAAAACUCUCCGGAGUCGCCAAUCUCGACAAAUCGUCGUCGUUGGCCGACAAGAAGCCGGCGAAGGUGGAGGUGACGCAGGGAACGCCGUACCGCUGGAAGGAGUGGCGCAUCGUGCGCGGUCCGACGUCUCUGUUCAUCUGGAGCGACGUGCUGCUCGUCGAGUUGCCGUUCCAGUCGAACGGAUGGUUCCGCUAUCUGGCCGACAACGACUCGCACGUGCAGUUCGUGACCGGAAGCGCCAGUGUCGAGCAGUCGAUGAGCGAAGAGGAAAAGGUUAGUGAAUCAGCGGUUCAACUAUGCCUAUCCUAUCCGUUUUCUUCCCAAUUGCAGGAGAAUUUCCAGAAGACGGAACGUCGCGAGAUGGUCUCUCGCUGGAACGCCGUCAAGGGCGUCUUCGACGACGACUGGUCCACGGUCCCGCAAUCUGUGCUCGGAAUUCCGAGCGCCGCCAAGAAAGUGAGUCAGAAGGUGUGUUUUUUUGCGUUUUGCGGUUGUGGUUGUCACCGAUUGCAUGGUUUUCCUCCCUUUAUUUCGAUGGAUCCCUUCCAAAUCCGGUGAAACCUCGCCCAUUUUCAGUUGGAAGUGCCCGCGUGGGAACUGUGGUCCUCGAAAUCGUCGGAACUUCAAAUCAAGUCAACCUCGUCCUCCCAACCGUCCGGACAAACGAACACAAUGACGACGACUAUCAAGGUAGGCGAUUUCCAGCCUUAUUCAGCCAAUCAGCAUGAUCGGUUCAGGACGAUUCUGGCGGUUUCGUGUUCGAAUCGUCGGGCGGCGGCCGCAAAACGACGGUGAUGCCGGAGAACGCACUUCCAUCGGACUUCCACACCGGAUGGAGCUCGCACGGAGUCUCGACGCGCAAAAUGAAGUUCCGACAGGAUAUUCAGAGAAGGAAAGUGCAAGAAUUGGCAUGGAAACUGUGGAACGAUUAUCUGAAGGAGGCGCACGCAAAGCCGAGAGAGGCGCUCGUUCGGCUCGAACAGGCGGCCACCACUAUCGAUGUGAGAACUUUCCAGCAGUUUUCCAACUUCAAUUUCCUUAUUUUCAGACGACGAUCCGCUCGAUCCGCAGCCACCACAACGUCAAACAUCGUUCGGCGAAGAAUCCGCGCAUUGAACGCGUCCAAGAGUUCGUGCAAGCGAUGCGCUACGUCGCCGAUUCGGUCAUCGACGACCGCCGACUAUCCACUUUCGAAUUCUCGGUUUCCGGAAUUGUGCCGGCCCUCUUCAACCUGCUUUCCGUCUUUGAAAAGUACCCCGACUGCUUCGCGUUCGGCAUUUUCCGCGAAAUGUUCUCGAAAGACGACGCUCUCUCGCAAUUGGCCCGCAAAAUGGUGACGGUGCUCGAGGCGAGCGAGAAGUUUCCGCAAUUCCUGUACGACACUCCGGGCGGCUCCUCGUUCGGGCUUCAGCUUCUGUCGCGCAGAGUUCGCACCAAACUGGAGAUAGUUCCGAAGGCCGACGGACAGACGAACGACGAGAAUCUGAUGAACAAGACGGGCAAGAUUGUGAAGUGCGAGCCAUUGGCGUCCGUCGGAACCAUCCGAUCCUUCCUCUACAAGAUGGUCGCUCGACAGUGGCACGACCGCGAUCGCGUCAACUAUCGAUAUGUGAAGGAGCUAGUGGAUCGCAAGUCGCGCGGAGAAGUGGUCGUGUGCAGAUAUACCGGAGAUUUCGACGACAAGGGAGUCGUCUACUGGGUCGGAACGAACGGAACCACCGUGUCGAGCUGGACGAACCCGGCGACGGUGAAGGCGAUGCGCAUCACGUGCUCGGACUCGCGGCAGCCGUUCGGAAAGCCCGAAGAUGUGCUGUCGCGCGACUCGAACCCCAUCAACUGCCACACGUCGGACGACAAAAACGCGCACUUCACCAUCGAUCUGGGCGUUCUCGUCAUUCCCACCUCGUACACACUGCGUCACUCGCGCGGAUACGGCCGUUCCGCUCUGCGCAACUGGAACUUCCUCGGCUCCGUGGACGGAAAACAGUUCGACACGAUCAUUGCGCACGUGGACGACAAGGGACUCGGCGAGCCGGGCAGUACGCACACGUGGCACGUCGAGGAGAAGGGCACCACCGCCUACCGCUUCUUCCGGCUCGCGCAGAACGGAAAGAACUCGUCCGGACAGACGCAUUAUCUGUCGUGCUCCGGAUUCGAGAUCUACGGAGACAUUGUCGACGUGGUGCUCGAGCAGAUUUGUCCGGAGCAGCCGAAGAAGGAGAAGGAGUGCGUAGCGGGACCGUCGUCGGCCAUCGCCGGAUCCUCUUCCUCCACGACGCCGCUCACAAAAGAGCAAGUGCUCGAGAUGCUGCCCGCCGGCGAGAACAACAACCGUCUCAAGUCGGGACUAUCGAUCGAGGCGGUCACGGCGAUGAUGCAGCGAUCGAGACAUCGCAGCCGCAUGGCCUACAAGAUCAGUGAGCUCAAGUCGCGCGUGGUGCGCGGAAAGGACUGGCGCUGGGAGGAUCAGGACGGCGGCGAGGGAAAGUUCGGACGGAUCACGAGUCCGCCCGAGAACGGAUGGGUCGACGUCACCUGGGAAAACGGAUACGCUAACUCGUACCGCUUCGGCGCCAACGGAAACUUUGAUUUGGAGCGAGUCAAUAGCUCGGGGCUCAGAUAUCCGACGCCUUCUGUCGGAUCGGUUCCGUCUUCGGUAAGCUUCUUUUUAAAUUGAAAAGGAACCUGACACUGCCGAAAUGUCCCUUGUAAGCAAGCCAAAAAUCUAUCAAAGUUUCAGGUAAUUGAGGCUGUGCGCCGUAGCCGUGCCCUCUACAACUCGAAAUCUUCGAUUCCACCUCCGUCGGCGGUGUUCAGUGCCAUGUCGGGAGUUCCACGUGGAGGUGAGCCCCCUUCCUCUUCUUCUUCCCUUCCGUUCCACGCUCAUUUGCCCGUUCCCCCGUGGCGAUCGUCUAAUAGCCAUUCGUCCCCGCAUUCUCCGCUGAGACUCAUCGGCUCUUCUUCUUCUUCUUCCGCGGCGACUCCGCCCACUUCCGCUACCUCAUCGACGCUUUCUACGCUUGCGUCCGGUCUAGGCUUUGGCUUGAAUAGACACAAACACAAGGCGCCAGCAGGUGAAUCUCUCGGUGUAAAUGAAUGUGUUCGGUGCUGCUUGUGUUUUAUUGUGUUUUCUCUUCGGUUUUCUCUUCACUUUCUGCCUGAUUGAUAUUGUACGAUUGUCCGAUUUGACUUCGAGCUUUGCACAAGUAUGGUAUGAAGCAUUUUCAGUGAACAUUUCAACUCGAUUGGAUUGUCUGAAGCGGAAGAUCCUAUAUUUUCGGUCUUUUUCAGUAUAUUUCUAAUUCAGAUAACCCAAUUGAACUUAAAUUUUCACCGAACAUGCUCCAGGUCAUAAUUUUGCAAAGUUGGAGACCGAUCAGAUAUCUGAUAAUUCAAUCGGGUCGAAAGUUAUUGUAGUCCUUUUUAGUAGCGCCUAGAGCCCUAAUAGCGUCCUCUCCUUGGUUUCUAUUCAAUUUUUUAAAAGUUUCCCUAACAAAUUCCCCGUUUUCCAGGCCCACCUGCUUCAACUCUUUCUCGUUUUGCAUCGGUCAAAGUCCCAAUGACUGCCGGUCAACCAUCUUCCGGCGGACCUUCUGGAGCGAUCGGAAAGAAGUCAAUGUCGACGACGAACCUCGUGGACGACCGUCAGAAGGCGUCGGGACCAUCGGUGGCUUCGACCGGACAAGCCGCGUCUGCGGAAUCUCUCCAACAUCAGACGCCGUCCCUGGAGAACCUGCUCGCGCGCGCAAUGCCUCAAUUCGGACGGAUCGCCGAGAAUCAGGAGCCAGAAGACGAGCCGAUGACCGCGGGAGAGGAGAGUGACUCGGCGGCGAGCAUGAGAUCCGCUGCGUCGAGCAACUCGCAGAUCUCGAUGGAGCAACAUCAGCAGGACACCCCGAGAGAUUCGGCGGCCACUCCGAGCACCCCGCGCGACGAAAAGAACCAGACUCUGUCGGUUUCGGCGCCGGAUUUGGCGGCCGCCCGUCAAAGACAAGCGUCGGCGGAAGUGGACGGAGAGCAAGAGGACGAGGAGAACUCGGAGGAGAAGACGGUAGGCGGAGAAGCGAUGGAAGAGGACGAGGAGGAGGAGGAGACGGUCGAAGAUGAGGAAGACGACGAUGACGACGACGAGGAGGGCGAGGAGAGCAGCAACGAGAAUCAGGAGAAACUGGUGGAACUGUUGGGCGGAGAGCGGGGACUGUUCGACAAACUGAAGGAGGUCAUUACCGGGGAAUCGGACGCCGCGAAAGACGCGAACACGAACGAGGCGCAGAAGGGAAAGCAUACGGGAUCGAAAAAGAAUCCAAAGAGGUGGUUCAAGAAGAUGUCGAGCUACACAGACGUUCUUAAAGGUAACGUGUUCUGGGAGGUCUCCAGAGCUUGCAGUAUGGGCUUGGCGUCCGCCACAAUGACUUUUGAUGAUUUCAAAAGCGAUGAAAAAUGAGCUAAUUCUAAGCUCUGGAGACCGUGAGCCGUCGAAAAAACAAGACAAAAAAGUUGCAGGACUGAUGGCCAACCGUUACCCGGUAACGCUGCUGGAUCCGGCGCACGGUGGUGGCCUUGAGAUGGACGAUCUGAUGGACGACGACGACUACUACGACUUCUCGGAGGACGGUCCCGACGAGGGCGACUCGAUGGAGGAUGAGGUGGCCGCGCACCUCGGAAUGCCCGUCGACUCGUUCGCUUCGAUGGUCGCCGCCCGUACUCCCAUCACCUGGCGCCAAUUUUCUGAAUUGAUGAGUGGUUCAGGUCGUGAUCGUGCAGCAAUGGCUCGAGCAGUGGCAGCCGGCAGUCGGGGCUCACCGUGGGACGACGAGUCGGUGAUUAAGUGCACGUUCGAGGCGCUGAUUCCGGCGUUCGACCCGCGUCCAGGACGAUCAAACGUCAACCAGACGCUCGAGGUCGAGCUGCCCGGCGUCGUCAACGACUCGAGCUUCUUCUCCAACACGCCGCUCAACAUUCCAGCAUCGAGUGGUUCGGGCGGGGGCCAGCAGGCUCCGGCCCCGACCGUUCGCAACAUCAUCCCGCCGUCCACAGUCCGAAACGAUUCGGACACCCAACUUCGCUUUUUCCUGCGCGGUCCCAACAUGUCAGGCGUCGACAACGUGACCGUCGAGAUGGACGACGACGCGUCGUCGCUGUUCCGCUACAUGCAGGCGAUCAACAACAACGUGAACUGGGCGACGAAGAACGAUCGCUCGCGACGCAUCUGGGAGCCGACCUACUCGAUCUGCUACUGUUCGGCCGAUCAGCCGUGCACGAUCGAGGUGUCGAAGAUUGCGACGGAAGAGUCGCAGACGCCGACGCGUGUGAAUCAGUGCCUUGAGAUGCUCGGGCUGCUUUCGCGAAUUCAGGAGGCGAUGCCCGACGCCGAAAUACAGCCGUCGGUGUUCAUCAGCGACAAACUCACGCUCAAAAUCACGCAAGUGCUGUCCGACGCACUCGUCGUCGCCGCGAGGGCCCUUCCAGAAUGGUGCUCGCGCCUCGUCUACCAGUAUCCGUAUCUUUUCACUGUCGACACCCGUAAUAUGUACAUGCAGGUGAGAGUGGACUAAGAAAUUGCAAAAUAUUGAGAAAAAUUAGAUUUUUAGCUAAUCUUUUUAUAGUUUACAUUCUCAGUUUUUCAUUCAAAAUUCCUAUUGAAAAACGCAAAACUUUGUUCCAGGCGACCGCAUUCGGAGUCUCGCGUACCAUAGUCUGGCUCCAACAACGCCGUGACGCCGCAGUGGAGCGUGCUCGCGGUUCAGCGCAGGCCGGAAACAGCAGCGCCGCCCGUCAGCACGACCGCUACCACGAGUACCGUGUCGGCCGACUCCGCCACGAACGCGUCAAAGUGACGAGGACGGAGGAACUCCUUCUGGACCAGGCGAUCCGAUUGAUGAAGUUUCACGCGGACCGCAAAUCGGUACUCGAGAUCGAGUACACGAACGAGGAGGGUACCGGACUCGGACCGACGCUUGAGUUCUACGCGCUCGUCGCCGCCGAACUGCAAAGGAAAUCGCUCGCGUUGUGGGUGUGCGACGACGAUGACGCCCACGCGUCGAAGAGUGGAGAGGAGAAGGAGCUGGACCUUGGAGAGGGCAAGAAACCGGCCGGGUGAGUAGAAAUUUAGAAUUUUUACGCUAAAGGGCGACCCGGAUUCGUUUAUUUUCAUCCAAAUUGGUGCCUUUCGCUCAAAAUAUCGUGAAAUCGCAUUUCAGCUACUACGUUCGCCGCAUCGGAGGCCUCUUCCCGGCGCCACUUCCACCCGGAUCCGAGGAGACGAAAAAAGCGGCAGACAUGUUCCGCGUGCUGGGAAUCUUCCUGGCCAAAGUGCUCCUGGACGGCCGACUCGUCGACCUGCCUCUUUCCCGAUCGUUCCUCAAACUUCUUGUCAAUCCGCGCAUCGGAGAGGAGUUUCACGGUCCGAAUCUGUACAACGUGCUCACUUUGGACGACUUCGAGGAGGUCAAUCCGGUGAAAGGAAGCUUCCUGAAAGAGCUGCGAGCACUGGCGCAACGGAAACGGGCCAUCGAAAACGAGUCGAUGGAUUUGACGUUGAAACGACGAAAGAUUCAGGAGCUGAAGCUGCACAUCAAGGGAUCCACGUGCAAGAUCGAAGAUCUCGCACUCAACUUUGCGUGAGUUUGAAAACUCGAGAAAAAAUAGUCGAAAAUGAGCAAUUUACAGCGUCAACCCACCGUCGAAAGUGUUCCAUUACGCCGAGCACGAGCUGGUCGAGGGAGGUGCCGACAUUGACGUUACCGUCGACAAUGUGGAGCAGUAUGUGGAGAAGUGCGAGCAGUUCUACCUCAACACCGGAAUCGCCCAUCAGGUUUGUGCGGAAAACGCUAAUUUCGGAGCUCUGAUUCUGAAAUAUGACAUUUCCAAAACAAGUAAUCUUUCUCAAUUAUGAAUUUGUGCAGAUGCGUGCGUUCCGCGAAGGAUUCGACCGGGUGUUCCCUCUGCGGACCCUCCGUGCCUAUUCUCCGGAAGAGGUGCAACGCCUUCUUUCUGGCGAACAGUGCCCAGAAUGGACGCGCGACGACAUCCUGAACUACACGGAGCCGAAGCUGGGCUACACGCGCGAAUCGCCCGGAUUCCUUCGAUUCGUCGACGUGAUGGAGGCGCUGACCGCUCAGGAACGCAAGAAUUUCCUUCAAUUCGCCACCGGAUGCUCGAGUUUGCCGCCGGGUAAGAGGAAAUUAGGGGAAUCGGUUGUAAUGGAUGAUAUUUGCAGGUGGACUCGCCAAUCUUCAUCCCAGACUCACGAUCGUCAGGAAAGUGGAGAGCGGCGACGGCAGCUAUCCAUCGGUACGCUUUUGCGCCGAAAAUGGUUUUUUAUGGAAGCUAUAAACACAAUUUUCAGGUGAACACAUGCGUCCACUACCUCAAACUUCCGGAGUAUUCAUCGGCGGAAAUUCUUCGCGAACGUCUUCUGACGGCGAUCAACGAAAAAGGAUUCCAUCUGAAUUAG